AUGAUCACCCCGGGCUCUCGUAUCAUCGAGAAGUGCAUGUCAUCCGAAGGUGCUCUUUCCUCUGGUGGAUGGGUUCUGGUUGGAGAUCGACAGCUUUUAACGCUUCACUUGAUGGCACCAGAUUCCGGCUUCGCAAGAGUCCUCCAACAAGUGGAUGCUAGCAAGCAAGCUUUCUGCGAAUCGACAGCUCAGCGUUCUAACUAUGAGCUCGGGCUUAUAGGAUACGCCCCUUGCAAUGGACAAAGUAAUGGCAACAUCCCCAAAGGCCCCGAAAUUCCUGGCGGUCAAUUUUCCAAUAUAGUCCUCAAUGAUCCCAGCAAUGUCUUCACCGUUCCCCACGAUUACAGCGUACCGAAAGAACCUGCCUGUGGCGCCUCUUGCACCUGGCCCAGCAACUCAUGCGGGGGAGGUUGCCAUUGCGUCGCUGACCCGUUACAAAACCUUGUCAACACUGGCGCCAGGUUUAAAGGCACUUGCAAGGACUCAUACUUCGCUUUCCUGAGCCGCAGGCGGAUCUUGUCCUUCACGCCUGAUGAAACGCCAGAUACAGUCGUCGUGCUAGUGGAUGGACCUGAGCCAGAGCCAGAUGCUGCACUGGACCCACCGACGGCAUCGGGCGUGCAAUUCAACCGUUUAGGUAACGUCGUUUCCGGAGCUUUAGCGUGCGCGUGCAAUUGUACGUAUGUCUCUGUGGGGUGUUGCACGGCGCCCGAUAGUGGAUUUAUCCAAGAGUACCCGUGGUUGAAGUUAGGUGUGAUGGAUCCGCCAGAGGGGCAGUGUUGUGACGCUGGUUCGGGACAGUUCAGGGAGGGAGUGCAGGGCGGUGGUAAUGAUACUACUUGCUAUGCUACCGCGUAG